AUGAAGAUUAACACCAUAUACCACAAACCAGAAGAAAUUUGUAAGGAGAGGAAAAAGGAUGUUGAAUACAUGAGCUUUGCUAAAGAUGAGGCCUACCAUCCAUUUAUGAAGGAAAGAGAGUUUGUGAGGGCGCUUAAUUCAGUCAAGAUUGAAAGGAUGCUAAGUAAGCCAUUCAUCACUGCAUUAUCCUAUCACAAGGAGGGAAUACACUUACUUGCAAGACAUUUCCAGCAACCUUUGUUUGCAUCAGGAAGCUUUGACAACCAGGUGGUUUUAUGGGACUUAGGCCAGAGAAGUGUCCUCAGAAGAUUUGAAUGCAAUAGCUCUAUAAAAGGGCUUGGGAUGGACAUAGAAGGAAACCUAUAUGUUGGGCAGGAAAAGGAAGUUAAGAGGCUGGGUAGUGGGCAGACAUACCGCUGUAAUUCCGAGGUAGUAAACUUGGACAUAAUGGGAACAUUGAAUGUAGGGACUUCCAGGAGCAUAGAGAUAUUUGACAUCGAAAGAGAUUUUUCAAAGCAGCAGAUGAGCACAAGAUACCCCUUAUGUAUAAGCACUAGUGCAGUGCUAACAAGCAUAAUAGGGGUUGGGGAGCAGGGAGGGCUUUCUUUGUUUGACAUCAGAGUUGGGAAGGUGGUCCAUUCUGUAUCUGUAGGAAGCAAAACCAAUGAUAUAUCAUUUAGCCCGAUGGAUGGGCAUAUAUUUGUAUCGGGGAAUGAGGAUUUUUGUACCUAUCUCCAUGAUAUAAGAUAUCUUCAUGAACCUAGUGGAAUAUACAGAGGGCAUGGAAAUGCGGUUGUUUCUGUAGAAUUCAACCCACCUGGGACAGAGAUAGCAACCGGAAGUUUCGAUAAGACAAUCAGGAUCUUCGAUGUCAAUGAAAGAAAGAGUAGAGACACAUACUAUAACAAGAGAAUGCAUAAUGUAUUUGGUGUGAAAUAUUCUCAUGAUUCUCAGUUUAUUGUUUCAGGAAGUGAUGACGGGUCGAUAAGAGUUUGGAAGAGUUAUGCUUCAAAAAAGUUAGGACCACUGAGUAGAAAAGAGAAAGAUGCCCUUAGGUAUUCUGAGAUACUGAAGGAGAAAUAUAAGGAAGUCGGGGAAAUAAGCAGAAUAUCGAAGCAUAGAUUCUUGCCGAAACCAUUGAAGAAUACACUUAAAACGAUCUAUGAGUCCCAUAAAGCUAGAGAGAGAAAAAGAAAGGCUAGAGAAUCUGAGAAAUGA